AUGUUGAAAUCCCAAGCAGCCUCGAUAGCUCGUUCUUUCUCCACCUCGGCCACCAGGUCUGCUUUUGCCAAGAUGCAAUUGCUCGGAAACAUUGGCUCCAUCACCCCAAGAGAAACCAAAGAUGGCAUGCCCUUCCUCACCUACUCCUUGGCUGUCAACAGAUACAACCCCCAGGCUGCCGAAAGCGGCAACACCGUGGCCGACUGGUACAACCUUUCUGUUUUUGACGAGAAGCAGGUUGCUUUUUUCAACAACCACUUGAGAGGUGGUGCCCAGGUGUAUGUGGAGGCUUCCGUGAGCCAGAGGCAAAUUGUUGACGAGAACGGCGAGGGCAAGAUUGUUACUUCGUUGAGACAGACGAGUUUCGAUGUUGUGCGUUUCCCCAAGAAGCUCGAGGAGGAGGGCUCCGAGUAA